UUGGCGGGAAGAAGGAGAGAGAGAGAGAGAGAGAGAGAGAGAUGAGUUCAGAAGGCCCUGAUCUAGUGUGCGAGGUGGACAACGUCCAAGGCAUCGUUGAUGCCCUAACCGCCGUCCGAUGGAAACGGCAGCAGGACGCGGUGGUGGAAUUAUCGGAGCACGGCGUGGUUUUGAUCGUGGAGGAAACCAGUUGUCUUCAGGCCAAAGUUUAUCUUCAGCGCGAGCUUUUCAUUAAAUAUGAGUACGGUGGUGCACAAGGGCGGCCUCGAUUCGGUGUGAGCUUGGGCCUCUUGGUCGAUUGCUUGAACACAUUUUCGGUUCCGGCGGGUGGGCGUUCCUCUUCCACCAUCGAAAUUCGAUAUCCAGGCCCUGAUAUGCAGCUCCUUCUCAAGUCUGUUGAUUCACUGGACGCUUGCAUUUAUGCGGAGAUCAGGACAAGAAUCCCAGAAACAAUUUCAUGGGACUAUAAUUUUGAACCUGCCGGAAUCACCCCACUAAGUUUUACUGUUAAGUCUGCAGCAUUGAAGGAAGCUAUUGAUGAUCUUGAAUGGCCUGGAUCAAGUGUACAGAUCAUACUACAACCAGAUCCUCCUUCUGUCACCUUUAAAGGUGAAGGCCAUGGAGACUUACAGAUAGACUUCAUGUAUUAUGUGAAUACUGAUCUCUUGAUUGCAUUUAGUUGUGAUCGUCAGGUUUCUUAUAGGUAUAAAUACAAGUUCCUCCAGGCAACAACUUCAAAUAUACCCAGCAGCGUUAUUAGAGACAACAGAGGAAGCAAGUUGACUAUUGGGCGAGGUGGAAUGCUGAAAGUUCAGCACCUGGUUUCAGUUGCAAGACCAUCCAUUCCUCACCCACACGUUGAUUCUGCUGGCUACCAGCAGCCUAGUCGGAUUGCGUACAUUGAGUUUUUUGUGAAACCUGAGGAAGAUGAAAGCACCAUAAAUGAUUAGCAUUUGCUAUCAAGUUUGUGGCUACUGGUUACCAAUUAAAAAAAAUUUGUGGCAACUGGUUGCAUAUUAUACCUUGUCAAUGAAUCUCACUGCCUCCCAGCAUUCCCCUUUUAUGCUAAAAUUUGCAUAUAUUUUCAUGCGUAAGAAGGGAAUGACGACAACUGUAUUGUAGUUCAUAUUGCUUGCUCUAAUUUCAAAUUCCAGUUUUCUGUUGGAUUCCUUUC